AUCAAUUCAUGUGGGAUUCAAUGGGGACACCGUAUUUGACAUGUCCAUCCGACAUAGAAUCCUACGUGGGAAACCUAACCUCCUACUACGUGGGCAACAGCAACGAGUCCCUGGUGGUGGCCACCUCCGUGGCCAUGUUCCUCCUCGCCGUGGGCUUCUUCACCCUCACCAUCUUGGGCCACGCCUCCCACGUCAGCUCCGUCCUCAGCCCCAGCGCCCGCAUCUUGCUCUCCGGCGCCGUCUCCCUCUUCCCGCCCGUCAUGUCCUACCUCUUCUCCGACGCCAAGAGCGCCUCCGAGUGUAUGGCGACGACCGAGGAUGAGUACUCCCUGGCAGUGCUAACAGGCGGAGCCGGCGACUUGGAGCUCUCGCCGCGAGCUCGGCUAAUCCUCAUAUGGAUGCUACUCGUCGAGCUCCUUCGGAAGAAGGUGCAGGCCGUGAAGAUGGUCACCAAGGGCCCGCAAAGGUACAUCGAUAUCGUCACCAACGCCGGCACGGUCUUUUGGCUAGGUUACCUCGUCUUCUUCAACAUCAAGGGAGCCGGACGGGUGGCCAUGUUUGGCUUCCUAUGGCUUUUCUGCGCCAUCAAGCUGCUGCAGAGAAUCUUCUUCGCCGAGAUGAUGAAGCGCUCCUUGGCCUACGACAAGAACGCCCGCCUCGUCAACUCCUACAUGGACGACUACAACAUGAUGCAGCCGCUGGGCAAUAAUGUGUCAUUGAAGACGUGCGAGUACGUGGUCAUGGGAGAAGAGAAGCUGGUGCUGGAGGCCGGUCCGCGAGGCUACACGCUCGACCUCGACAAGGUCGACGAAGUCAUCACCGUGGGCAAAAUAUGGCGGCUCGCCGAGGAUGACCACCGCCGUGGCGUCCCACUCGUUCUUAGCUCCAACGAGCACCGGUGUCCCAAAAGGCUCUGCUUCUCAUUCGCAUUGUUCAAGCUGCUUCGGCGCAGGAUCGAGCAUUUACCGGGUGCCAUGUCUGUGGAAGAAACAGCCCACUGCCGGGACCUCAUCUUCCAAGGCUUGUGCGAGGACGAGGUGGCAGCUGCGCCGCUGCUGUUCCAGGUGCUCCGUGACGAGGUGGAUUUCCUGAGCGAGUACUACCACUCGGUCCACCCCGUGGCACUGGCGACCCCAUUCUUCUUCUUCGUCAACUACUUGCUUGUCUUCUUGGUGUUCUGCGUUCUCUGUGUCAUGAUCACCGUCCUCUCCGGCAAAGGCAGCGUGCGGUUCGCCAUCCGCAGCAUCAAGACCGACAACUAUGUUUUGUCUCUCGGUGUGUUCAGGCUGGUCGGUUGCCUUGUGGUUACCAUCAUUAAGACUCGCUCGCACUCCAGCUCCGCGGCUUUCUUCGCAACCAUUGAUGUGCUCAUCUCCGGCCUCCUCUUCGUCUCCUUCCUGUUGGAGCAACUGUGGGAGUUCAUGGUCUUCCUGCUCUCCAAGUGGUUCAUGGUCUCGCUGCUCUGCACCUACGCCGGGAACCCGACUCGGUGGCGCCACUGCUCCACCUUCCGCUGGUUCGUUCGCAUUAUCUGGUGGGUCAGCGCCAAGUUGGGCGUCCAAAACCCUAGUAGUAGCAGCAACACUAUUACUCUCAAGCAGCUUUCCUUGCUAGGCUGCCCAUGCUGGUUCUCCGCAUUACUGCCGGCCGAGUAUCUUCGGAACCAGGCAAAGCGAUCCAUAUUCCAGCGCUUCCGCCAGGUGGCGUAUAAUAGCCAAGACAACCCUAUCAGCAAAGGCCGACGUGUGCUGGAGCUGGAGAGGCAUCACGGAUAUCUGCAUUUGGCAGGGUCUUCCGACAGCAACAGCGUGGCAGAGGUCAUCCUCACGUGGCACAUCGCCACCGAGAUCUUGGACACGACCACCACUGUGGUCUCCGCCGGAGUGAACCACCUGCAGGACGACAAGCAGAAGCAGGAGCAGCAUAGGGUGAUGGCUACGAGUCUAUCUAGGUACUGCGCCUACCUGGUGGCGGUGUACCCAGAGCUGCUGCCGGACCACCGAUAUGGCACCAAGAGCGUCUACAAGAAGAUGAAGAAGGAUCUCAGAGGGGCGCUCGGGCUCCCAUACUACUACUUUUCCUCAAAGCGCUGCCGAUGCAGGAAGCUCAUGGUGGCACCAGCAGACAUCAACGCCGCAAAGUCGACGGUGGUGGUUCUUCAGAAGGGGAUAUUGCUGGGGAAAGCGCUGGUGGAACAAGCAGAAGCAGGCGACAAGGAAUUAGGGUCCAUCUGGGAGAUGUUGGCCGAUAUUUGGGUGGAGCUCAUCGUGUAUGUGGCACCGUCCGGCAGCGAGGAGCACGUGAAGGGGCAUGAGGAGGCGCUGGUCCAGGGAGGCGAGCUCGUCACCAUGCUGUGGGCGUUGGCCACCCACACCGGCGUCACCCGCCCGGCGGCGCCUUUUGUUGCCGCAGGAGGACUCCGGACCGUCCAUGUCGAGGACGAAGGAAUAUUCCCUGCUGCGUAGUAGUAUAGCUUAAUCAAUUCGAGCGUGAGUUCUUUCGAGUGUUUGAAUAUUGGGAGUGUAGCUAGCCAGCUUAAUCAAUUCCAGCGUUAGUGCUUCGAUCGAGUGUUUGAAUAUUGGGUGGUGUAGCUAGCUAGCUAAUUAAUCAA